AUGUUAUUCAAUAUUAUAUUACCACUGAUAUACACUUUACCGUUAAUAUUUGGAAAUUGGAAUAACUUUGCCAUUGACUACUUCAAGGGGAGACGUGUGGCGUUUGUCUGUCUGUUGACAUGUGAAAACGAUGCAUCGCCAUCUAUCGGCGUUGUGAUUAGUCCAAAAUGUUCGGAAUUCGAAAAUAUUAUGUACUACGCUUCAGAAAACGUUCUUUUCGACUCAAAACACAAAUGGCUUAUUAUUGAAGACAACGAUAUUUUCCAAAAAUCAUUUAAUGCAAACGAAUCAGAAGAUUUCAUUGAAAAUGUUUAUAAUGAAACACAUUUUAUUAAUAUGAAUGAAGUGUCUAUAACAAUUCUCAAUAAUCUAAACUUGAGUGUCGACGCAGAUAUUACUCUGUCUGAAAAACUAGAUGAAACAUGCUAUAAACUUUAUGAGGUAUAUAAUUUUGGAAAAACACGCAAUGGGACAUUCGUCGUUGAAAGUAUAGGAGAUUGGAAUAUACAUAGAGUGUUUGACCCUGAGAUGGUUUUGGGUAGAGUCGCUGACCACAGGGUAUCAAAGAUCACUCACACCGGCGCCAUGGUACUGCAUCAGCUUACUGGAGUACACAACUUUAGAUACAAUUACACGGUGGUUGACCGUUGGGUCGGGGAUUAUGUGAAGGAACAUAAGGUAGCGACGAAUGCACUUUACUUUCGAGAGCAGGACAUCACUCCAGUCUUACGUAUGCUGCCUCAUCACUUUAAAAGAUACGACGUCGCCGCUCCAGCGGUCUCCUUUAUUGAGGCACGAUAUUACUACCGCAUCCCUUCCCAAGGUGUUGGCAAGUUCGAGAACCAGUUCCUCCGCCCCCUGUCACCAGGCACCUGGUGGUGUGUGGGGGGGAUGUGCGCGCUCUGCUGCGUUGUGCUAUUGCUGUCGGCCAUCGUAGAACACCGGCCUAUGAAUGUGUACUAUUGGUACUACUCCGUCUUCUCCGUUCUGGCGUUGAUAUGCCAGCAAUUUUUCGAAGAGUUUGAAGAUUUACGGCGAAUAUCAGAAGCCAGGAAGAUGACAAUCCUAGUGACGGGCCUGGCUUGUCUCCUGCUGUACAACUACUACACCAGUAGCGUAGUCAGUUGGCUGCUCAACGGACCGCCGCCCUCCAUCAACUCGCUGUGGGAACUACUCGACAGUCCGCUCACACCGGUGUUUGAAGACGUUGGAUACACUUAUUCCUGGUUACAGUUACCAGACUACUAUUUCAACAGAAAGGCGGAAAAGGCAGAAGACGAAUUGAAAAGGCGGCUAAAUAAUAUGAUUAAGAAAGGAAAAACUGUGGAUGCAUCGAUAAAGGUUGGCAUAGAGUUGGUACGGAGAGGAGGGUACGCAUACCAUGCGGAGACAAAUGCAGCGAACGAGAGAAUAUCUCGCACCUUCGACCAAAGAGAGUUGUGCGAUCUGGACUCUUUACUCUCUUUCGAACAUGUUCCUCUUUACUCGUGUGUACAGAAGAAUAGUCCUUAUAAAGAAUUUUUUAGUUGGAGUCUAGCGCGUCUUCUGGAAAGGGGUGUAUUAAACUGUGUGCACGAAAGGACCUGGACCCGGGAGCUGAAGUGUGGGGGAAGUUCCCCAAGAGCCUUGGCUUUAGGAGGAGCAGCACCAGCCUUCAUCGUCCUGGCUGCUGGAGUCAUCCUUGGAGUACUUAUUAUGCUGGUUGAAAGAAUAUGGUGGAAUUGUACGACAAAAAACAAGAAGCCAUUACCAAAAACUCCAAAAGAAGAAUGGAAUUCUGUGUAG